AUGGAACGGUACCCCUACGAUAAAGUCAUUUUUCAUCCGGGACAUCAUUGUGGCUCAUGCCAUCUGCUUAAGCCGGCAAGAAGCAAGCAUUGCAAGUUCUGCAAGGCCUGUGUGGCGCGACACGACCAUCAUUGUGUAUGGCUCACCAAUUGUGUCGGCCUCAACAACUACCACUACUUUCUGUCGCUGAUCUUGUCGCUUUCGGUGAUGUUGAUCUACGGAUCAUUGCUUGGUUACGCCCUUCUAUGCCAGACAUAUGAGAAACUUCUACCGCCUGGUUCACCGUGGCGGUCACCCGGGCAAAGCUGGACAGCUUUCAUUAACGUAUGGACCGUGAUAAUCACCACGGACCUUCGAAUCGGGGCCAUCACUCUCUUAAUGGCCAUGACAGCUCCGCUGGCGGUCGCCUUCCUGGUCUACCACACGUACCUGAUCUGGGCAGGCAUGACGACCAAUGAGAGCGCCAAAUGGUCCGACUGGAAAGAGGAUGUGGCGGACGGCAUGGUUUUCCGGUCAAAUAAGGCCGAAAUCUAUGGCACCUCCCCCUUGCUUGGUGAAUAUCAGAGUGUGCAUACUUCUUGGCCCGUCAGCAGCGAGCAGGUCUUGGUUUUUACCGACGGCGAAGCACCCAGAGAGGGAUGCAUCUUGUCACCCGACUCCAACGACAUUCGACUGCCGCAGAACUUUCAGGCUGUAGCAAUUGAUAGGCGAUGGGAGCCUGUACGCAGUAUGAAGGAAGUCGACAAUAUAUACGACCUGGGCUUCUGGAACAAUUUGCGUCAUGUCUUUAACUUUCCUACCCGACGCAAAGUGUCAUAG